GGGAGCGCCCGGCUCCGGCAAGUCCCUCCUCCGCCUCGGCGCUGCGGGCCGCCUCCCUCCCUCCUCCCCCGGUCGUAGCCUCCUCCGGCGGCAGCGGCGGUGCCCGCCGGCCCCAUGGCGGCGGAGCCCCAGCCCAAGGCGCUGACUCGCAAGCCCCUCCUGCUCAACAAGGUGGAGGGCUCGCAGGAGGUGGUGAACAUGGCAGCGAUAGUGCCCAAGGAGGACGGGGUCAUCAGCGUCUCCGAAGACAGGACAGUUCGUGUCUGGCUGAAGAGAGACAGUGGGCAAUAUUGGCCCAGUAUAUACCAUGCAAUGCCAUCUCCAUGUUCAUGCAUGUCUUUUAACCCGGAAACCAGAAGGCUGUCCAUAGGUCUAGACAAUGGUACAAUCUCAGAAUUCAUUUUAUCAGAAGAUUACAACAAGAUGACACUAGUGAAAAGUUAUCAGGCUCAUCAAAGCAGGGUCAUCAUGAUUCUGUUUGUCCUGGAGAUGGAGUGGGUGUUGAGCACCGGGCAAGACAAGCACUUCACGUGGCACUGUUCGGAGAGCGGCCAGCGGCUGGGGGGGUACCGCACCAGCGCGGGCGCCUGCGGCCUGCAAUUUGAUGUAGAAACUCGGCACGUGUUUGUUGGUGACCAUUCUGGGCAAGUGACCAUCCUCAAACUAGAGCAAGAAUCUUGCAGCCUUGUCACCACAUUUAAAGGACACACAGGUGGUGUCACUGCUCUCUGCUGGGACCCAAUACAGCGAGUUUUAUUCUCAGGCAGUUCUGAUCAUUCCAUUAUAAUGUGGGAUAUUGGAGGAAGAAAAGGAACAGCCAUCGAGCUGCAAGGACAUAAUGAUAAAGUUCAGUCUCUCUCCUAUGCUCACCACACUCGGCAGCUCAUCUCCUGUGGUGCAGACGGGGGAAUCGUCGUCUGGAACAUGGAUGUUGAGAGGCAGGAGACCCCUGAGUGGCUGGAUAGUGACUCUUGUCAAAAAUGUGACCAGCCUUUCUUCUGGAACUUCAAGCAAAUGUGGGACAGUAAGAAAAUAGGCCUCAGGCAGCAUCACUGCAGGAAGUGUGGGAAAGCUGUCUGUGGGAAGUGCAGCUCCAAGCGCUCCUCCAUCCCGCUGAUGGGGUUCGAGUUCGAAGUGAGAGUCUGCGACAGCUGCCACGAGUCCAUAACAGAUGAGGAGCGGGCGCCUACAGCUACUUUCCAUGACAGCAAGCACAACAUUGUUCAUGUACACUUUGAUGCCACCAGGGGAUGGCUGCUGACCUCGGGGACAGACAAGGUUAUUAAGUUGUGGGAUAUGACACCAGUAGUGUCUUGAUGUUACAUCAGUGGAACUUGGAAGGUGAUAUUUACAGAAGAAACGGAUUUCCUAACCCUAAUUAUACUGCCGGAGAUAGAUAACACUGGGCACAUACGGCAGAUGAGAAAGGAACUAAUGUGUUUACAACAACUUUAUGUCCUCUGCUUGAUCCAGGCUGAACUUUGCACGAAGACUCUUUCCACUUCUUCUCAAAAUAUACAAGAAGGUAUUUUUUUAACUAACAGUUUGUACGAUUUGACUUUGGUUGUCUUGAGUUCGUUUGGAAAAAUCUGUGUGCAGUGCAAUUUUUAGUUUUUAUAUUUCAAUAUGUCAAGAUACUUGCUGCUUUGUACAGAGGGUUCUUGGGUUGUGUCUUCCUCUGUGAGUUUUUGGUGUCAACAGACUGUGUAAGGCAAUUGGCUCUCCCUGCAGCCAGUACCUGUUGGUUUGGGAUAUUUCUGCUGACCAUGCUCUUUCCAGAGGAGGAAAUCCAGGCACGGUCUCUGGGUGCAUCACCGAGGAGCUGAUGGACUAUUGCAAUUCCUAAAAGGGCUCUACCAUCUACUUGUCCUAGUGGGCAUCAUCCAGAGAGCAUUCAUUGGUCUGUAUAAUCUGCCUGCCUCUUCUUUUGCUGCACAAGUCACAGAACCAGGGGUCAGGUUAUUCAGCAACAGAUUUCUACAGAAAACUGAAAUCGUUUUCCAGCUCAGAGCAUUCUAAGGAGUACACAGACUUGUCUGAGUUUGAUGAUGCUGACAGUCUGAUUCAAAUGAAAUUAUUGGCAACAGGAACUUUUGGGAGUGUGUGCAUGGAGGGGGGCAGAUCUAAAACUGGUCUAGAUCUGAAAAGUCUGGUUUAUCUCUACCUCUACCUCUACCUUGCACAGCAACAUUUCAGCAUUUAUACCUGUCUGUGUUGUUGAAGAUGAAUUUUGUUCUUCCUGUUUUCCAUAUGGUUAGCCAUAUUUAUUUUUUUAAAUGCUGAUGGUUUUUAUUAAUUUUCUCUAUAAACCCAGAAGUGAUAUUGCUGAAUGAUGCCCAUUGUCCUGUUGUCAUACUUUACAGUUUCUCUUAAAAAUAAACGGUAUUCAAAAACCUGGAUUGACCAAAAUUACCUUUUUGAAUGACACUGUCUAGGUGAAUAAACUAAAAAAGCUCUUUUGUCCAAAGGGACCAUCUCUGAAGAGCCAACUCUCCAUUCCAUUAAUCCAUGUUACUUUUUAGCAUGGUAUUACUCACACACUUCAAAGAAACUGGUGUAGAGAAUUUGCUCUGCAAAGGCUUUCCUACAUCUCCUGUUUCAGUGGGCCUUGUGGUUGUAGCUGCUGUGACACAGCACAUUGGUGGUGCUCAGUCUUGCCCUGUUUUGGACUUCCCUUGGGGAGGCCAUGACAUUUGCCACUACAGGGCACAUUGCUACCUGGAGAAGCCUUGUGUUCUCUCUUGAGAGUGAAUGCUGAAAGAAAAUAAAGUUUCUCCUUUGAUUGCCCAGCAUCAAUUUACUUUUGAGGGGAAAAAACUGGUUAGCUCAAUCCAUUGCAUUAAUUCUGAUCCAGUGAGCUGCUGCAGUAAAGGGUGAGUGGACUUCUGUGUGCACAUGACAGGACUGCUGUGUACUUUCAGGGAAAAUUCUCUUUUUGAACAUCUUGUAACGUGUGAUGAAGCAUUUUGUAGUCAUGUUCUCUGAAUUAACACCACCUUGGAUUUCCUGGAUGUACAGCCUGUUGUUGGUUCUCCUCUAGACAGCAUAUUUUAAAGCAUAUUUUCAAAUAUAAUUCACACAGUACUGUUAUUUUUCCAACUUGAAAGUUGUUUUCUCAGUCUUCCUGCUUUCUCUCCUGGAAACUAAAUGCUUGUUUCCUCUUGGAAUGCUUUUCACCAAACCUUGUGCAUGUUUUCUGAUGACUGAAGCGUUCCUGGCUGUCAAAGCUAUGCAAGAUGAGCAAGUGGCCUGCCAUAUUUCAUUCUACCUGGAGAACAUGUACAAAGCUUUCCUGGACUAUGGUGUUCCAUGCUCCCUUGGGCUCGGGGCCUUUUGGCCAGAGACCUGACUUGUGCUGUGCAGGGAGUGCAUCUCACGGGAACAGAAGCAUGGGCACGCUGAAGUGAAUUUAAAUUGCUGCUUAGUGCUUGGUUCCUGAGGAGACAGCAGUGGCACCAAGGCUGGGACUCCAGCAUGAAUUGUGCUCACACUGAUGGAGUGAUGGAGUCAGCAAGCUGAGGAUCUGCCCCUGGGUCAGCACCUACUCCUGAACAUGUAAUGUGCAAACAAAUGUGAAGAACUGAUUCCAAAGGAGACUACAUUUGAGAAUGACUUGUUUGGACUGUUCUGCAAUAAACUUGUGGCCACAUCCCCCUUGUCUUCCAAGGAGUCAUGGUUUCAGUGUUGCUUAUAUGAGGAUAUGGGGUAUGCAAAACAGUUUUGCAGAAUUUUCUUGGCUUUUCUCUCUCACUGAAUGACCUGCAGGGUUAUCUGGAUUUAAGCUAAACAUCUCCUUAUCUUUCAGUUUCAGGACAAACUGCUGUGGGCUUAGAAAAUUAUAUAAGAUGCAAGUGAAGCUGAGGGGGAAAGGAAAAUUUGUCCCUUUGCAUUGCCCUCAAGAGCUGUAAUGUAGAGAUUAUGAAGGGAAAAAUAGAUGUAUCUAAUUAAUAAUUCUUUUACUUUCCAAAUGAAGAAAGAUUUGAAACUGCGAGAGUUAAAAUGCCUGCCUUCCUCUUGUGCUGUGUUAGAGUAGCAAUCUCACUUUCUUCUCUCUGCUGCUUAGUUUCUUCUGUCUGCUUCUUCUUGAUGCAUACGAAAAGGGACCUCAGUUGCCGUACCUUUUUUUUUUUUCCCAUUUUGCUUGCUGAAUAACAAAUCUGAGCUAUUUUUAUGAAUUUCACUAUUGGAGGAUGGGAGGAGGGUGUGUUUUGAUACAGGUGUAAACUAUGCAGUGCCACAUACCUACACACACUCUUAAAUGAAGCUAAGCUCCCUUUCCCUAGGGCUGCUGAAGGGCAGUACCUUGUAGUGAUACCUCAUGCUGUGAGACAAGGGGUACACAAACCUUGCUAGCCUCUCUCUGCUCUACACAUUAGAAAAGGUGAUUUUCAUUUCUCUUCUUAGCUGGUGCUUCCUUGUGGGAAUUGUUCUCCAGAGCAUCUGUCUGCUAUUCUCGGUUUUAAAAUAAGCAGUGUCUGUAGGGCCUAGGCAGGUGAUGGGGCAGGUCACAUACACAGUGCCUGAGCAGUUUGCUAGAGUCUUGUGUCCCAGGUGGGGCAAUCUGAGCACCAAACUUCAGACUUUUUAAGCUGAAAAUGUUUAAGUGAAGGGAAAAGAAUGUGGGCAUCUGCUUGCAAUGUGGCAUUGAUGAUCCUCCCAUCUACCAGAAGACUUAACGUCAUGGUUAGAUGUUGAAACAGAGCAAUGAUAGGGCUACAAGUCAGCCAGUCUGACAGAGAGUAAUCCUGGACAGUGACAUUGGUGUGCUCCACUGUGAGCACCCUUGUCUGCAGCUGCUUCUUGCAGCCAAGCCCAGGUGACCUCCCUGCUCUGUUCUCCUGAACUUGCAGCCAUCACCUGCAUGUCAGCAUGUGGGCUCUUAGUACCUCAGUACUGGUUACUUCACUUUGCCUGAGAGGGUGGCAUGGGCAUCUCGGGUACUGGGAAAGGGAGGGAUGUGUUCCCUCUGAGUGGGAGAAAUGAAACUACUGUAUGGAGCCUGGCAAAGGACCACUGAGAUGGUGAAAGGUAAUGGAGCAUAUCUGGGAGAGCUGGGACUGUUCAUCUUGGAGAAAAGAAGGCUCAGAGGGAUCUCAUCAGUGUGUAUAAAUGCCUGAAGGGAGGGUGCAAAGAGAAUGCACGGGUGACCAGUGACAGGGCCAGAGGCAAUGGGCACAAACAGAAACACAGAUUUCCUCGGAACAUCAGGAAACCAUUUUUACUGCAAGGGUGACUGAGCAUGGAAACAGACUGGCCAGGCAGGUAUUUUGUGGGUUCUCUGUCUUUGGAGAAAACACAACUGGACAUGACCCUGGCAACCACCUCUAGGUGACCCUGCUUGAGCAUGACCAGAUGACCUUUGAAGGUUCUUUCCCACCUCAGCCAUUCUGUGAUUCAAAGUCCAUUUAAUGCCUGUGUCUACUCUAUUGUUUAGAGAAGGAAAAACAUAACUAUAUUUCCUUAAAUCUAAACUACUAACAAAUUAGUUACUAACAAAUUAGCAAAUAUUACCUAUGUCUGGCCUCACUGUUCCAAACAGGAUUUGCAUACCAACAACCAAAGUUCUGUUUUGUAGCACACAGGAAAUAGGGCUACCAUGUGUGGUUUUACAGGCCAUGUCCUUUCCAGGAGACCACAUUGAGCACAUGGGAUGUUUUCAAUUAGAAGAUGCAACAGUAACAACAAACUUGAUCCUUUUUUCAGGAUGCAUUGAUGUGCUGAGUUCCUUCAGUGAUGACCUCUUACAUAAUAUUGAAGAAGACAGAGAUUUUUCUCUUCAAAAUUUCAUCUUGUGAAUAUUGGCAGCAAAUCUUUGCUCCUCAGAAAUAAAAAAAACAACGUUCCUAGUUUGCCAAUAACCUGAAGUUUGGGGAUUUGAGAUUAACUUUGUGUGAUCACAUGUGACUUUUCAUUGCAUUUUCCCAGUUUGGGGAUUUUCCCUUGUAACCAGUCUUUGACCAUGUCUGAAAUUGUGUUUGCUGCAGGACACAUUGUACUGUUCAGAAGAGAAAGAGAUUGAGUUCAAUUGAAAUUGCUGCCAAGUUGGGACAUUGAACUCAAACCAAAAUAAAAACAAGGGAGCGAAGUCCUGGCAAAGUCUGUGCAGAGGGGAUACCAAGAAAGAAUGUUAUCAGCAUACAAACAAAACCAAAAAAAACCAAACCAAAACAAAAAGAACCUACAGUAUAGAAAUUAAUAUUCAUCAGAACUGUAUAAAGCCAAACCAUCCCCCCAUCCCAGUACUGUAAUCCUGCCAGCAGCCAUGGUUCAGAUCCAGAAGCCACAAGGAACAUAGAGUUGUUCCAUCUAUGAAGAUUUGACUUCCAUUUCUUGUUCUUUGGUUCAAUUGCCAAAUAAUAUUUAUCUACCUCAAGUAGUUUUUUUCAAGGACUGCAGUAAAUACGUAAGCACUUUGAUAUUAAGAGGAUUGGGAAGAGUCACAUUACUACUGAGAUGGUACAGAAGAUGUGUCAGGCCUUAUGAAGAUUGUCUCUCCAGUUAUUUGUUCUUUAGAUAUUAAAUAAUCUCAAUUUAUUAAAGGGGUUAUCACCUUUAUACUUACAUUUUAUCACAGGUCAGGGCUUCCUUCAGAUGUGAAAACGCCUUUGCUAACACCCCUAUGUUGUCCUGUCCCAAGAAAAUUCUGUGAGGUUGCCAUGGCCAAGUAAUUAAGAAAUUUUCACAAACAAGUUCACAACCUCCUUGCUACAUCUUUGUCAUCAGCACUAGUUUUGGCUGUGGUUUAGCUUUCCGAAGGUUGAGCCUUGUUUCUGACUCUGCUUGGUAAGUUGUCAGACUGACCAAUGUCUCUCAUGGGCUUUGCUGUUUUUUUUAUUAGAAGGAUCUUACAUGAAAAAAAGCUCCCACUGGCUUUUGUUCAAGUUUUGUAGGAAUGUUGCUCAACCAUUUUUGAACAUCUUUUCUACCAACUACAUUGUAACACUUUCCAGUACUGCUCCAUUAUGUAAAUAAGUGGUUGCUGAUGUAGCUGAAUAAACUGUGGUAUCUUAACCCCACUAAAAUAA